AUGGAAAAGGUUCCUCUACCAAAUACCGCAUCCUGUGUUGAAGGCGCUGAGCUGGGUGUCACCCCGCUACGUCUAGGUUAUUUUCCCAGCACUACAGAAUUUCACAUUACAACCACCACGAUACAGGCUUGGAUAAAGGAUUGUGUAUAUACACACAAAGGAUGUAGAUCUCAAAUUCACGGCCAGUAUGCCUCCUUCACUUGCCCAAAGAGGCUGCUUGAUCUCAGUGAUGGGAAUCUGGUUCUCCGAGAGGAUCUGGGUCAAGGGCUGCGAUACGCAUGUCUCAGCCAUUGCUGGGGCAAGAUCAGCAUUGUCAAGACGACGACACAAACAAUUGCCAGUUUCAAGACAGAGGUGCCUUUAGAACAACUAUCGAAAACGUUCCGCGAUGCUGUUGACAUAUGUCGCAGUCUUGGAAUUACCUAUCUCUGGAUUGACUCGCUUUGCAUCGUCCAAGACAGCCCAGAAGACUGGAAAGAACAAGCAGCUCAGAUGGCAGAUAUUUAUCAGCAUUCAUUCCUGACUAUUGCAGCUACAAAGUCCCAUGAUGGGUCCCAAGGUUGUUUUUCGGAGACUAGCCAUCAAUACGUGGCCAAGUUGGUUCCUGGCUACAAGGACAUUUAUGUCCGUCAACGACCGCCACUCUUUCCGAAUCACUGGGGGCAGUUAGACGAAAACGAUGGUUACCCACCCCUGAACCGUGCAUGGAUUUAUCAAGAGAUGAGAUUGUCACCGCGUGUAUUGCACUUCUGCAACGAGGAAGUCAUCUGGGUAUGCCAAACCUCACAACGCAGCGAAAGCGGAUGCAACGAUAGGGACUACAACGACGGCAAAAGCUUCAAGCCUACACUGUUCAGUUCCGUCAGUGACAUUCUUAGCGAUAAAGCCCAGUUCACAUGGCAUCGAACGGUCCAGGAGUACUCCAGACUGAAUCUGACCUACGAAUCAGAUAAGACAAUUGCACUGGCUGGAGUUGCUCAACGGAUGCAGCGCACAAGGCCGGACGACAGAUAUCUAGCUGGUAUCUGGGAGCAAUACCUCCCGCUGGAUCUUCUCUGGAUGGUCUGGCCUACGCCGAAGGUUAAGAAACAUAGACUUGCUAGGUAUCCUUCGUGGUCAUGGGCUUCAGUCUCUUCACAGGUAAUGUGGGACGGGAAUUGGAGUCCACUUCAGUCUGUGGUCGUCAAGGAUGUGCGCUAUACUUCCGACGGUCCAAGUCAUAUGGGAGACUGCUCAAUGUCUUCAAUCACCCUACACGCCCCUCUUAUAGAUGCCAAGUCCCUACUGCCAACCCAGGUCACACCCAUGAGCGUAUGGAAUGGCAACAUUAGCCACGCAGUCACGCCAUUCGAAGACAUUCGCCUUGAAGAGCUUUGUGUUAACGACUAUAAGCCCGAUAGCCCGCCAGCGCCUGUAAGAUGGCCCCCUGCCAUUGGAGGAUUCGUUAUACCGCUUGGUGUGAAUGUCGAAGACAGUUUUACGUUCUGUGGCAUCCAUAUUAUCAAAAGGCUGGGAAGUGACCACUACGAGCGAGUUGGCCAUGUUGGAAUUAGCCAUGAUGCUUUACUGAUGAGCAACUAUACCAAGUUCCUUAGUCGUCUGAAAAGGGAUGAUACGCUGCGAGGGCCGGACAUGGAGACUAUGCAAAAUACAUCCAGAUUCUACGCAUCUCGUAUAAGAGAGCUGUUCCAUAUUUCAGCGAGCAUAGCUGCUCCAACCCACACCUCCGCCCCCAUCAUUAUUUCCGAUUCCUGCGCUUAUUGCGGCCGCCCUCCUACGGGCUUCUUUCUCGUUGGAAUUGCCGUACAUGUAGCUGCGCUUGCGGUCGAGUUCCCGUCCCUUCGCAAUAAUGGCUUCAGGGUCGUGGAGACCGUAGAAUUCGUCGCCGCCGAUGAGUCUCUUGACAAGCCGGUCUAA